GGAGAGCAGCGCCGGGCGAGUGCGUCCGCGGCCACGCCCACCUUCUCGCAAGGACUGCCGGGAAAGCCCCCAUCUUUAAGCGCGUUUGGCUGGCCCGCCGGCGCUCGGAAGUACAGGCGCUUCUGUCGUUGUUCUUGGAGCUGUGGUGACCGUGGGAUCAGAAUCUUUGAGUGUGAGAAACUUUACAGAUAGCCAUAAUGGCUGAAAAUGGAGAUAAUGAAAAAAUGGCUGCUCUGGAGGCCAAAAUCUGUCAUCAAAUUGAGUAUUAUUUUGGAGACUUCAAUUUGCCACGAGACAAAUUUUUAAAAGAACAGAUCAAAUUGGAUGAAGGCUGGGUACCUUUGGAAACAAUGAUAAAAUUCAACAGGCUAAACCGACUGACAACAGACUUUAAUGUAAUUGUGGAAGCACUGAGCAAAUCUAAGGCAAAACUCAUGGAAGUGAGUGCAGACAAAACUAAAAUUAGAAGAUCACCAAGCAGACCACUCCCUGAAGUGACGGAUGAGUAUAAGAAUGAUGUAAAAAACAGAUCUGUUUAUAUUAAAGGCUUCCCAACUGAUGCUACCCUUGAUGAUAUAAAAGAAUGGCUAGAUGAUAAAGGCCAAAUACUGAAUAUUCAGAUGAGAAGAACAUUGCACAAAACAUUUAAGGGGUCAAUAUUUGCUGUGUUUGAUAGUAUUCAGUCUGCAAAGAAGUUUGUGGAGACUCCUGGCCAGAAGUACAAAGACACUAACCUGCUAAUACUCUUUAAGGAAGAUUACUUUGCAAAAAAAAAUGAAGAAAGAAAGCAGAGCAAAGUGGAAGCUAAAUUAAAAGCUAAACAAGAACAUGAAGGAAGACACAAGCCAGGAAGUACUGAAACAAGAGCUCUAGAAGGAAAGAUGGGAUGCUUACUGAAGUUUUCAGGUGACUUGGAUGACCAGACCUGUAGAGAAGAUUUACACUUCCUUUUCUCAAAUCAUGGUGAAAUAAAAUGGAUUGACUUUGUCAGAGGCGCAAAAGAGGGAAUAAUUCUCUUCAAAGAAAAGGCUAAGGAAGCACUUGAGAAAGCCAGAAAUGCAAAUAAUGGUAACCUACUAUUAAGGAACAAAAAGGUGACUUGGAAAGUACUAGAAGGACAUGCGGAAAAAGAAGCAAUGAAAAAAAUCACAGAUGAUCAGCAAGAAUCACUAAACAAAUGGAAGUCAAAAGGAGGUCAUGCAGCCGGCAGAUUUAAAGGAAGUCAUGUUUUUACAGCAGCCCGCAGAUUUAAAGGAAAGGGAAAUAGACCUCCUUAUGCUGGGGCACCCAAAGGAAGAGGACAGUUUCAGGGAAGGAGGACAAGAUUUGAUGAUGAUCACCGUCGUGGACCAAUGAAAAGAGGAAGAGACGGAAGAGACAGAGAAGAACCGGCAUCAAAGCAUAAGAAAAGAGAGAAUGGUGCUAGAGACAAGUAGUUUAUUUAGUAAGCAGUGUUUUUAUUCCUUAGUUAGAUUUUAAGCUGCUUUUUGUCUUCAGAAGCUUUUAAAAAGAAAAGCGAAUUAGGUCCACUUCAAUGUCCACCUGUAUAAAAGAAAAUUUUUUUUGUUUUACUUGUCUUCUUUUUGUUGUUACCCAAUGAAAGUUUUUUUAAAAAUGUAUAGUUCUGUUUGUGUUUGGAUGAUUAAAAUAUGAGAAGGAAGAUUCUUCCUCUUAAUUGCCUUUGUAAUAUGAGAAUGUAUUAGUACAGACUUGUAAAAUAUAUACUGUAUAAAAAUA